AUGAAGCUUGAAAUCGCAACUUUAAUCUCAGCUUCCGCUGCUUACGGGAACUUUUGGGGCGAUGGAGGUCAAUUCAUGUGGCGCGGAAAUGGAUUUUUCCCGAUGAACAAUCAUUUCGACUUCUACCAGGGAAACAACUACAAUAACAUGGGCCGAUUCUUCGGAAAUGAUCGCUUCAUGGAUUACUACAAUGGAUACUGGGGCGGCCGCGAUAAAAUGCGCCACUACAACCAGCGGCACUCUUUCAACCAGUGGUGGCCACAAAACUGGUUCCGCGGAGACUACCAAUGGAACAUGAGCCCUGCUUAUAAUCACUAUGGCAACAACUGGAUGGGACGAUCUUUCUACGGAAACGAUCGAUUCUACGACAACCAGUUCUCCCGACACUCCUACGGCCACUAUCACUACUGGAUGAACAACAACAACCAAUGGAUAGAUCAAUACAACUACCAAGGAAACUGGAUGAACAACUACCGAUACGGCAUGAGCCCAGCCUACAACUUCUACGGCAACAACUGGAUGGGCCGCUCAUUUUACGGAAGCGAUCGAUUCUACGACAACCAGUACUCCCGAAGCUUCUAUGGCAACAACAACUACUGGAUGAACCGACAGUUCUACGGAAAUAACAACCGACAUUUCAACAACUUCUACAACAACAACUGGAUGAGCUUCGGAAACAGCUUCUACGGACAGGAGUCCUUCUUCCAGAUGGCUGAGCAGUUCUUCUGGCGAAAUUCUGAGUGGAACAGCGACAAUGCCGACCGAGUUCUUCGAUCGUGGCAAGGAAAAUGGGACCAGUCAAUGUACCGGUCCUUCGAAAUGUGCGGAAGCGGACAGUUCGUCGACUACCAAAUGAUGACUCAUUGCCACUGGACUUCAGACUCCGACAUGAACAUGGACUUUUUCUCCCACUUUGCUCCUCGAUACAUCAGCAUGCACUUCCAAUACUUCGACAUGAACAGAGACGGCCGACUCAACCCAGAAGAGUUCCGACGCGCCUGGGCUGGAUUCUACUCCACUGUCGGUUCCACCAUCGUUGAUAUGUUCGACCGAGACCACAACGACAUGAUCGAUGCCUACGAGAUGCACGACUUCCAAUACUACAUGAACUUCUUCUACCCAUCUUCCUUCCGAUUCGCCCAGAUGAGCCGAUUCUUCAACAACAACAUGUACUCCUUCUCCAAGUGGGACAUGACCUAA